UUAUGCAAAUUCUGUGCGAUAACUGUGAACACUGAAGAUGUACUCGAUACCCUGACAAUCCUUGUCGUCCUUUUAUACAACAACUACAUUCAGAAGUGGGAAUUGGAUCCACACAGGAUCCACUCAGAGGGCCUUCCUCCCCUGGACCGCGAGCGACGCUUCUGUAGCCACUUGGGUAAAAAUCCCUCACCCGAGGAGGCUCUGGAGGAGCAUCACCUCCUGGAGUCCAUCGCCUGGCCAGAGCCUCAGCCAUGGUCUACGUCUUCACCCCUGAACCAGACCAGUGACCCUGCACACAGCCUGUUUGCAAUCCUCCCUGCAGGGGGUAGGAGAGAGUGGCACGUGGGGGACCAGCUGGAGGCUCUGGUCAUUAUGAACGAUUUCCAGGGACUUCCCAAGAGCCAUGGCGGGGACUUCUUGCUGGCCCGGCUGCACUCCCCAGAGCUGGAGGCGGGUGUUGCAGGACAUGUGCUGGACCACGGGAAUGGGACUUACUCUGUCAUUUUUCCAUUACUGUGGGAGGGGUCUGUAUGGGUGGACGUGACAUUGGUCCAUCCUAGUGAGGCAGUUCCUGUUCUACUGCGCUUACGUGAGGAACACCCCGACAGGGUGCUUUACAAGAGCCUGUUUCGCUCUGGAUUACUGUCUGAGACCACCAUGUGUAACCUGUGCCUGCCAACCAACCAGCAGCCGCUGUGCAAUUACACAGACCCCCACACAGGUGAACCCUGGUACUGCUACAAGCCCAAGCAGCUGCUGAGCUGUGAUACACGGAUCAACCACGUCAGGGCAGGCUACCAGAAAGAUCUGAUAACCGAGAAAGAAGCACUGCUUUUCCAAAGUGGCGUAAACCUCAAAACACGUAUUCAUGCUAAGGCGUCUGACAGUGUCACUGUGCUACCUAAGAAAAAAGACAAACAAGAGGUGGAAAGCAACAGUGAAAAGGCAGCGCCUAUCAGGACCACAGCCUCUGGGUAUUACUUCCAAGGGUCAUGGCGGGGGCUGGGUGGUGUCGUGAUGCACCAGUUUAACGACCCCACUGCCAUUACUCAGUGUCUGAAGGGCAAGAUGGUGUACAUGUAUGGAGACUCCACCGUCAGACAGUACUACGAGUUCCUCACCAGAUUCUUGCCAGAGCUGAGGGAGUUCAACCUUCACAGUCCUGUGAGCACAGGGCCCUUCAUGGCAGUGGACAUCCCCCAUAACAUCCUGCUGAAGUACCAGAGCCAUGGUCCCCCCAUCUCCUGGACCCCUAUCAGCGUCAGUCAUCUGCGCUAUGUAGCUAACGAGCUGGAUGGCCUGGCCGGGGGCUCAGACACUAUUGUUGUCAUCAGCAUUUGGGCUCAUUUCAGCACCUUCCCUGUGCAGGUCUACAUUCGCCGACUACGCCACAUUCGAAGUGCGGUGGUGCGGCUUCUGGACCGGGCUCCGAAGACCGUGGUAGUGUUGCGCUCAGCCAACCUCCGGGCCCAAAGCCUACAGGAGAGCCUCAACUACAGUGACUGGUUCUCAGUGCAGCUGGAUGGGGUACUCACGGCCAUGUUCAGGGGCCUGAAUAUCUUGUUAGUGGAUGCCUGGGAGAUGACCCUUGCCCACCACCACCCUCACGAUAUCCACCCAUGCCCUCAAAUCAUCAAGAACAUGAUAAACACUAUCCUCUCUCACGUCUGCCCAGUGAAGAACUAGCAGAUAGAGUUAAAUUAUACUUUUUUUCUCCUAUUGUGUUAUUGACUGUAUGUUUGUUUAUACCAUGUUUAACUUUGUGUUGUUGCUUGUGUCGCACUGCUUUGCUUUAUCUUGGCCAAGUCGCAGUUGUAAAUGACAACUUGUUCUCAACUAGCCUACCUGGUUAAAUAAAGGUGAAAUAAAAAAUAACAAAUGUUUUUUUAACAACUGCCAAAACAAAAGUAGGUCUCAACACCAUUAAGUCGAAAUGACAAUGGCAUCCUACUAGCAAAUUUGUGACCAAAUUCAGGAAACUAGGUGUAUGUCGCAACUCACGACUUCACAGGAGAGCUGGUUGAAUGUAAACAUGUUUUUUUUUAUCAAAAUACGUUUAUUGUCAGAAAUGCCUUCUUGAACAUGUGAACUUUCAUGUGCCUUAAUAACAAACUUUUAUGCCAUCUGUAAAUACAAAUAAAGUUGUUAAAUUAC